AUGAGUCUGGUGAAAACAUUCAGGGAUUUUCUAGUGCGAUGCAGAGAGAAGAGUCUUAUAGUACCCAAGUCUGGAAGUGACUUGAAUUACUUUCCCAAUCACCUUAUAAAUGAAAUUAAAGAACUACCCACAACACAACAUAAAGAAGCACUCCCACCUCCUUUUUAUUUACAGGAAGGAUUCUCUAAUGAAGCAUCCAUGGUCAAAGCAUAUUACAGUGCUGUUGGUAAAGGAUCUAUGUUUGAGAGAAGGAUGGUAGAGGAUCAUUUAAGAGCCUUGGGUCCCACAUCAUUAAGAAGAUCUAAUAUAGAGAACAGUAAAGAUUUUGAUAAAGAAGCAGCUGAGUCCCAAAUAUAUGGUCAGAAGUUAAAAAUGUUGGCAGAUGAUCCAGAGUCUCAAUUUAAUCUAAACCAAGCACUCAUUCGUCAAAUUUUGGAGACUUUAGUCAUUAUUACACCUAAAGCUAAGAAUCCAAAUCAAAUAUCACCAAUUAAAUUAGAUGAUCCAGUGACUAAAACCCGUAAAAUUCAAUCAAAUUCAUAUACAGAGAUACCCCCAAUGCCAGAAUUUGGUGAUGAUGUCAAACUUUUUGAAAAUUAUAUUUUUACUUUAACACAUUGUACAUUCCAUUAUAAGAAAUCAUCAAAAUUCAAUGGAAUAAUUCCAAAGCUUUUAAAAAACUUGUUUCAUCCAUUAAAUUCUUCAACAAUACCAUUAAGAACAACACAAUCAUAUAAUGAUGCUAUACAUUUUUUUGCUAAGAAAUGGAAUAUAUCAACGUGUAAUGAACUCUUGGUACAAAUGGAACUAGAAAAUGUUUCACAAAAUACAACUACAUUCAACAUAUUGCUGAAGACUCUGCUAACAUCCAAACAUAUCAGACACUCAGUGAAUCCUUAUGAGGUAGCAGUAAUGAAGUUAAAAGAAAUGCAAAAAAAAGGCAUUGAUGCAGAUGUGGUAACUUGGAAUAUAAUUUAUAAUUUACUUGAGGAUGAAAUUAGUAAAAAAUUAUUGCUAGAAAAUAGAACCAUGUCUAUGGUACCUAUGGAUCAAUUUUUGAUCAAAGCAAUAUUAAAUGAUCUUGCUUUGAAAAAUGGCAUCAAUGGUCGUAAUAUAAUUGAAAUUAUUGAAAGUUUUCAAUUACCAAUUGAUGAACAUUUAAUAAAUAUAACAUUAAAAAGUUUUACACAAGAAAACCAAUUUUUGCCAGCUUGGUUAAUUGUUGAAUACUGUGAUAAAGAAUCGGGAUUGAAUCCUGGUGUUCCACAUUUAAAUAUGUUUUUAGCACCAAUAUCAGAAAUGGGUAGAAUAGAUUUAAUGGUUGCAACGUUAAAUACAUUCAAAAAAAGAUUUAAAGUUAGACCAAAUUUUGAUUCUUAUAAUUUAAUAAUGAAAUGUAUCUCAAGAUCAUUAGAAUGGGAUGGAAAAUCUUCUGUUCUUAGAAUAUUUUAUCAUCAAAUGAUGGGAAGAUUGAAAAAUUGUCAGGCAGGUGAAUAUUGGAUUCGUCGUAUUCGUGCAAGAGAAAAAAUGAUUUACGAUAGAGAUGUUAAAUUAAGUACACCGUUAACCACAAAAGAAAUCGAAUUAUCAAAUGAAAUGCAAAUUUUAAGAUGGAACUUUGAUGUUAAAAUUAAGGAUUUUGAAUCACGGUUACCACAAAAAUUUCCAGAACUUGUUGCUAAACUCGGUUAUAAAGUUUUAAAACAUGAUAAUCUUCAUGAAUCCAAAAAUAUAGAUAAUAUUGAACAUAGAAAAGAAUUAGCCAAAAAAUAUAAAGGUGGUAUAUCGAAUAUUGCAAUCAUGAAAAGCAUGGCUAAAAGAGUUCCAUAUGCUAUAAAUUCUUAUAAAGCUUUACAGAACGAGUUACAAGAACGAAAAAUUUUAAAAUAA